AUGAACGCGAUCCGUCAGAUUGAAGCUCUGAAUAAGAAAGAGCUCGAGAAUGCAGUGCCCCCAGAAGCUUCCUGGCACGCUGAUUACCGUGAUACAGCGUAUAUCUACAUCGGAGGCCUUCCGUUUGAUAUCAGUGAAGGUGACAUAUUAACAAUAUUCUCACAAUACGGCAAUCCAGUGCAUUUAAACCUGGUUAGAGACAAAGAGACGGGCAAAAGCCGAGGAUUUGCAUUUCUUAAAUAUGAGGACCAACGAAGUACAGACCUAGCGGUUGACAACCUUGGAGGAGCUACAGUGCUAGGCAGAGUGCUCAGAGUGGACCAUGUGCGGUAUAAGAGACGUGAUGACGAAGGAACGGAAGAUAAUCUCGUGAAUGUGGAUGAGAAUGGGGAGGUGAUGGAGUCAGACCGGGAUGCAGAGGAGGAGAAGGAGACAGAAAGAAGUAGUCGACGGAGGUCUAGGCGUCAUGAAUCCGAGGAACGGAAGAGGCCUUCUCGACCGUUAUUGAAGGAAGAGGUGGAACUACAGCAGCUGAUGGAUGAACAUGACGACGAGGACCCAAUGAAGGAGUAUCUUAUAAAGGAGAAGAAGGAAGAAGUCGAAAAUGCACUGGCGCUGGUGAAGGCAAAGAGCAAAUCGAGACAUCCCGUCGCCAUCGACAUCAUAGGAGGAGGCACAGUGAAGAACGAUCGCGGUCGAGGGAAAGGCGGUCACCACAUAGGAGCAGGAGGGACGGGUCCAGGGAACGGUCAAGCGAACGAAGACAUCGUCGAGAACGACGGGAUAGGAGUUGAAUUAUCUCUAUCUUGCUUAUUAACAUCUAAUUAUACAACGCGAAGUUUCGCAAACGGCGGACUACCCCCUGAAGAAAUCCUAAUACGCCGCUUCUCUGUGGAUUCAUCCACGCGUAAGGGCAAGUCAAUAUAUUCUUGUGUUUGA